AUGUCGGCUGAUAAGAGCGUGCAGUGGGUAACGCUGGUUAGCGAGGAUGGAUACCGAUUUCUCGUGGACAAUACGACCGUGAUGGCUUCGCCGACGAUCAAGACCAUGCUGUCGAUGGGCGAGGGUGGCGGCUUCGCCGAGGCCGAGAGCAACACUGCGCGUCUGCAGAUCCGAGGAGAGGUGCUCGAGAAGGUGAUCGAGUAUCUGCACUUCAAGACCAAAUACGGCGCCGCAGCCGACGUCGAUAUCCCCGACUUUAAGAAUCGCAUCCCGCCCGAAAUCGCACUCGAACUGCUCAUGGCAGCCGACUUUUUGGAGUUGUGA